UUCAAAGCAAACUUACAAUAACGUCAUUCAUAGAGACAUAUUAUGUAUAAAUCUUGAAAAAAAGUGUAGACAUGCAUGAAAAUAGCAAAAGAGUUCAAAAAACUGAAUUGUAAUCAGCGUGUUAUUCAUUAAAAGCUAACGUUAGUUUAUACUGCAUUUCAUUUCAUUCUUCGUUCRUAACAAAUAAAACCACAAAAUUAACACUUUCCGAUACUGUAUUCAUAGUGCACAUUUAUAGRAGUAAUCUGUCUUUCCGUGCAUGCGAUAUAUAUAUUAUCAUUAUUAUUCUUAGAAGUUCUUAAAUUCUUACUAACACUUCUUUAAGCUAAUAAAGGAAUUAUAUCAAAAGACAAUACUUUUGAAAUAUUUACCAUUGGCGUCUAAAUCAUAAACAAAAGUUGCUUAUAGAUUGUCACACCUACUAGCACGUCACAACACUAAAAUAUUUCACCUAAAAUGAUAUGAUUUCAUUGUUCAAAAGAUUAUGUAAAUACUAGAUAUGAUGUCAGUCUCGGUUUGCGUGACAAUGGUGGUCCGAACUGGAUGCUGGGUCUUAAAUAAUGUAUGCACACAUGACAACUGUAUUGAAAUACGGUUUUAUCGUACACCCUCUCUAUUUGCCUAAAAAAAACAAUUUUGUGUUUGGGCACAUUGUCUGUUGCGCUUACUUGCGGAACGCCAACAAUACUAAACAACAAGAAUAAGAAGGAAGGAAAAGAAAUUGAAAUUUGAAGAACGAAAAAGACAGGAAUAGAGCCAUGAACCAGUUUGAAAAAGAAUCAUUAGCUGCUCAUAACAGAUACCGCGCUAGUCACCAUGCUACCCCACUGACAUGGAAUUCCAGUCUAGCUAGAGAAGCGCAGGCAUGGGCUGAGUAUCUGGCACACGAGGAUCGUUUGAAGCACGCGAAUACAGACGACGGAGAAAACAUUUACAUGUCAUUUGGUGAUGUUAAAGUCACGGGAAAUGUUGCGGUGGAUAAGUGGUACCAGGAGGUUAAGGAAUACAGCUUUAGUCGGCCUGGUUUUCAAAGUAACACGGGACAUUUUACGCAGAUUGUUUGGCGUGGAAGCAAAGAAAUUGGUGUGGGAAAGGCCCAGGGCUAUGAUGGGAAAGUAUUUGUAGUUGCUCGAUAUAGGCCACCAGGAAACAACUUGAGAACGUUUGAAGAGAACGUCCUUCCAGCACAAAAACACAUGAGAAUUCAUAAUUCUACAGGAUGGGAUCACCCAAAUCUUAAUGGUGAUGCGUCAAACWAUACCAAGCGAGAUGCUGUUUGUAAUAAUUAUUCCGAYCACUUAAUCAGUAAUCAGCAAUGGAAAAACCACGAUAGAUGGGAUCCMGUAUUUUCUGGAAAUUGUGACUCCCCCAAAAGUGUUCUGGAAGGAUAUCAUAAGAAAUCGUAUCGAGAUCAGGCUAGAAUGGCUCCUGAGCAAUGUGAACCAAGGGAAAAUUGCACCCAGAAAAAGUCAAAUAAAGGUGGACAUAACAAGUUUAUAGACCAUAAAUGGGAUUCUGGAAAGUGGUUUGAUGAUGACGUUAUAGAGCCUUCAGUAAAUUCUGCACAGCAUUCUUCCACAGAGAAAAAUAUCUUCCAAGACAAGAAUAUCACGAAGGACGUCCAGAAGUACACAUCCCCUGCGAUUACAGCACGUUGGCAGCCUGAAGGGAAAGAGACCAAAAUACCGAAAGAGUCUCAGAAGACACAUCCAUGGAAAGGUCGAAAAGGUUACUAUAGAGAUUCAGUUGACCGUAAUAAAUCUGUCAACAAAGUGCGGUUAUCCACGGAAAAAUGGGAGUCAAUUAACAAUGACAAUGAGGUUGACGGUCGACCCRACGUAAAAGUUGGUCGUAACAGAACCAGUGAAUCCAUUAAACGAUGGGAAGAGAAAAACUUCAAUCAACCUAAUUUGCCAUUCCAAUAUCCUCGACCGACGACACAGACUAAAACCAUCAAGCCUAKCCUUUCAAAUCAGGUUUAUAGCGAGCGAUGGGACCCAUUAUGGGGAGAUAGGCCACUCAACGAUAAUAAACCACGCCCUGUUAGUUGGGAUAGCAGUCGAUUUAAUGAAGACAAAGWGGACAAUAAUCGGUCUUUUAACGAGCCAAGACAAAGAAAGAUCACUACUACCAUAGAUGAAGGUCCUAGGAAGACAGUGGUGUCUUCUAUUACCAUUGUCCUAAAAGGAAAUGAAAAUUACCGGCCUGGAAAUAAAACAAGAUCCAAAUCAACAGAAGAUUUGAGACAUACUCGACCCAGUUCACGAUCCUGGAAGGAAUACCAGCCUGUUAAAGAAGCUGUCACCGAGCAACAUGCUAUUCAAAUGAAAUCAAGGCCAAAAUCACAAGACUUUCAUUGGCGUAAUGGGGAAAACAGCCGACGUCCAAUAAGAGAGGCUCAAAUUGUUCCCGAGGUCAAAAAGCGUUACGACGACUAUGAUACCACAGAUAGUCACCAUGGUAAACGUGACGUUCAGACACGUCAUACUUUUCCUAUGCUGGAUCACUUCUCACAACAAGGCCUUGAGUGUCACAACGUCUAUCGAGCCCUGCAUGGUGCWCCCAACCUUAUGUGGUCUCCAGAGAUAGCCAGUUCCGCGCAAGCCUGGGCUGAAAAAUUGGCACGUGAACGUACWCUAAAACACUCAUCACGAGAAAGAGGCGCGGACGGAGAGAACCUUGCAAUGUUCCCCGGAAAUUUCGAAAACGCUGCCAAAAAGGCAGUGGACAUGUGGUACGAAGAAAUACGUAACUAUGACUUCAGCCGCCCUGGUUACCAACCUCGUUCUGGCCACUUCACUCAGUUGGUAUGGAAAGAAUCCAAAGAGUUUGGGAUGGGUUGUGCACAGACCUCUGACGGAGAGCUUCACAUAGUGGUGGCUCGGUACCGACCUCCAGGCAACGUWAUUAGGAACUAUGAACUAAACGUUUUCCCUAAACACUCACACCCACGUCUUCAAGUUAAAAUAUUGAUUGAAAAAGACAAAGGCAAACACAACAUCGAAUCGGUUAUGUCUAAGUUACUUUUACUCGUAUCUAAAACUGGCCACUACUCGGAUGCAAUCCAGAUGUUAACAUAUAUCUUACUUGCUUUAGAAAUGAACAUUUUUCUUGAUUCCUUUUCUAAAGAUGCGCUUGAAGCACACAACAAAUUCCGCUCUAUGCACCAGGUUUCCUCGGUUAAAUGGUCCCGCGCCCUUGCUAAAGACGCAGAGGCAUGGGCCGAAAAGCUGGCGAAAGAAAACUGUUUACGUAAUGGCGACACUGAUGACGGGGAAAACUUGUAUGGAAACAUUGGUAAUACAGACUUAAAAGGGAAUGAAGUAGUAAAGAAAUGGUACGAUGGUAUCGAUAACUACAGAUUUGACCGUCCAGGAUUUCAAAGUGACGCGGGGCACUUCACCCAGAUAGUCUGGAAGAACACCACCGAGAUCGGGGUCGGUAAAGCGAAAACUUCAGAUGGCAGGCUUUUUGUUGUAGCUCGGUACAGACCCGCUGGGAACGUUGUGAAUCGUUUUGAACAAAACGUGUUUCCACAGAAAUCUGAUCCAGGAAAGAGAAGCCAAGGGUUAGAACCAACACKAUCAGAGCAUUCGUAUGAAAGAAGACGCGAUCAUGAAAGGUUUGAAGGAGACAGGAGAAACAAUCGGGACGAUUUCUUUAAAGAUUUUGAGGAUUUGAAAAUUGACAGAAAYCGUGGAGGUCGCAGCGAAACCCAAACGGUGACUUAUAACGAUGGGCCAGGCAGUAAAACUGUUAUUACAAAGACCUACACUUCAGGAGGAGAUCGCAGUCCCGGUGGCGUUCGGACUGUUCGUGAGAUUCGCACCAUAACAUCCUCUGAUGACGAUUUCGGUGAAAGGCAAGGACGGAAAUGGAGUGACCAUGAUGACGAGUUUUUUGGAAGAGAUCACAAUGCGAACAACCCAAGGUGGAAGGCGAAGAAAGAUUCUAGUCCGUCCCAUUCACAAGACACUAAGCCAGCAAAUGCUCCUAAAUCAAGCACAAAGAUUGACAAGUCAUUCAAAGACCAAUGCAUCUUUUCCCACAACAAGUAUCGUACCAUGCAUUCAGCUCYUCCUUUAAAAUGGAAUGACGACAUUGCAAAACAAGCACAGUGGUAUGCCGAGAAGCUGGCUAGGGCACGUACUUUGCAGCAUUCUAGUAAAAGUGAGCGUGGUGACAUGGGAGAAAACCUUGCUAUGUUCACUGGUGACUAUGACAAUGCUGGUCAAAGAGCAUCUGAUAUGUGGUAUGAGGAGGUUAAAGAUUACAACUUUUCAAGGAAAGGAUACCAAGGGGGCUCUGGCCAUUUCACUCAGCUUGUUUGGAAGGGAAGUAAAGAGCUGGGAAUGGGCCGAGCUACAACCCCAGAUGGAAGGUCUACAUAUGUGGUAGCACGGUACAGACCUGCUGGUAACGUGGUCAAUUACAUGGAUGAGAAUGUCUCACCAAGGAAAAGAUAAACASAAAGCUACUUCACUGUUUUGCUACGUAGAAAUUGCUGUAUACUCAAAAUUGUUUUUCCUAAAUGAAAUAUGCAUUCACCAAUUUACAAAUAUUCAUAUUUAUAAGCACACCAAAUGAAGAUUYUGCACACUUUCKCUUGCUACCARAUUUUAUGAAUGAUUUAUGUAUCAAUGUUAACUUGACAACCCAAUCAUUCAGGUAUAACUAUCCCCCAAAAUGUUGUUUAGCUGUCUUAGGUACAUUUAGAUGACUGUUGUAUUGAAAAACAACAUACACAUGUAGAAAAUUAAUUAAGUAUGUACAAUAAUCAAAUAUAUAGAAAAUGGAAUUAAAGACUGCUCUCUUGGGA